AUGGCUUCCGCAGUCGCUUGUAAGGGUGCUGCGCCGGCCAGCCUCCUCAAGUCUGGUGCUUCUAUGGCCUUCUGUGCGCUCCAUUCCCCCGCCGUCACCGUCGCCCGCCGCCCGUACAACACCCAGGUCAAGGAGGUCGGCCACUACGGCGACGACGACUACUGCGACUGCGACCUCAUCAUUUCAUCUUUUGAUUCUGCAGACGUGCUCGACCCGCACAGCGCGCCGACCAGCAUGACCCGUCUGCUGUCUCUGAUAGGCCUCUCCUCCAUUGCUGGAGCGUCGCGACUCGGACGAUGGGUGGCGAGGGAGGACGACCACGCCGGGGCUGACGGUCGAGGAUGCACUUGUCGCUGGUUCAACGACAGCUCCGACGACAUCAGAGGCUGCUGCGACAAGGGCUGCAGAUCCUGUGCGCACACUACAGGUGGGAGGAACAUCCUGAUGAUCAAGGGCGAGGGCGAGAAGCAGCCCUGGGACGGCGACGACGACUCUGCGGUGCCGAGGUACAACCGCCGCAUGGAGAUGCCUACUGACGCGUACAAGAUAAACAAGAUCAAGGCCGAGAUGAAGAAUGGUGUCCUCUAG